AGAGGAGCAUUAGCCUGCAGAGCAGCACCAUGUCUUGCGGACCAGUAUGCACCAACUUGGGUCUCAAGCCUGGCCAGCGCCUCACUGUCAAAGGGAAAAUUGCACCAAGUGCCAAGAGCUUUGUGAUGAAUCUGGGGAAGGAUGCUUCACAUGUCGGGCUUCACUUCAACCCCCGUUUUGAUGCUCAUGGUGAUGUGAACACCAUUGUGUGCAACUCAAAGAAGGUGGAAGAGUGGGGUGCAGAGCACAGGGAGACUGUGUUCCCUUUCCAGAAGGGGGGUGCAGUGGAGGUCACUUUCGCUGUUAACCAAAAUGAUCUGACGGUCCACCUACCAGGCCACCAGUUCACGUUCCCUAACCGGCUUGGUCUCUCUGUCUUUGACUACUUUGAUACACAAGGCGACUUCACGCUCCAGUCCAUCAGCUGGGAAUAAUUCCUCUGACAACUCCAUCUCAAA